AUGGAGGAAGCUGGGGAAAUAUCGACGAAUGAUCUAGAAAUUAUUGACUCCCACAAAAGUAUUAUCGAGAGAGACUCAAGGGAGAUCUCUGGUGGAUGGAGGAUCAUCACCAUGUUCCUUCACUUCAUGUCUGCAGGCUCUGGAUACGCCUGCUCAACACUAUUCUACAUUUUCUGGAAAGACAUUUUUGGGAUGAACUGCCCCAUCUGGGCGAGCCUGGAGCCUCCGAUACACGUCAGAUUGCUCAGGGAGAUGGGGACUGAGUUGGUUGAAGAAGAGGGGCCCGAAUUCGUCACUGACGACUGGAGGAAAAAAUUAAUAAUCGAGUUUAAACAUGAUUUACACUGCAAUUUCUUCUUCUACACUAACUUGUGCUCGUGUUCCUUUGGGGUUGUGUGGCUCAUGCUGUUUUGGAGGUGUGGAAAGGGCGGAUAUGACACGAGAGUGUUUACAGCCCCUUGGAGGAUUGUUCCGCCCGCUUUACUAUUUCACAUAAUUUUUUCGCCAAUUGUCAUCGGCGUUGUUCAUGAUUUCUCGUAUGGCUACUGGAGUUUUACGAAGAACUUGAAAACAGUUGCGUCAUCGUACAUGAAUACAACAGAAAUGUCAAGAUUUGAGAAACACUGUGAGAUAGUCUCGUAUUAUCUGGAGGUCUACGCUAUCAACAGAUAUAAUAUUUGUUACGUUUACACAGCAAUUCAGGUAUUUUCGUGGAUAAUGGCCUGGAGUUGGCUUUCAAUCCUCGGUGUUCUCUCCCUGCGUGUGAUAACAGCCACAGAUUUUCGUUUGCUCAUCACUACAGUGUACAAAAUUCCUAAGAAAUCUUCACGAGAACGAAGAUCCACAGCUGAGAAGAACGAGACUCAGGAGCCACCAGUGGUGAAGAAUAGAAUGAAGAAAAUAGUCUUCGCGAUUCCAGAACGAGACCCCAAUCAAUCGAAUCGACCGUCACUUGUAAUUUGA